GCGCUUUUUUGGUAAAGUAACGGAAUCUCUCUUAUCAAGCAAGUUCAUCUCAAUUGCGUUUUCUCGCUUAAAAAAGCUCGAAAAAAUGUUGUCCGCGGCGCGUGUAAAGAGUGAAAAGAACCCAAUUAUGCUCCUCAAGGAACUCUGCGACAAGCACAAGUUCCUUCAUCCCAAAUAUGAGGACUGCUCGACGGAAUUCGAUGAUCGCUAUGUCUACUCUUGUGAGGCUUUUGGGACAAAAGUGAAGGCAAGUGCCCCAACUGCGCGUGAGGCAAAGAUUAAUGCGGCCAAGGAAGUCCUGGACACUGUCAGGGAUCGUUUUAAGCUGGAUCUCAAAGUGGAGGAUCCCGUUUUGGAUCCCCGGGGCUUUUACAACUACGUCGGCGCUCUCAAUGAGGAGUGCGUGAAGAAGAAACUCCAGCAGCCACUGUAUCAAGUUAAGCCCGUUCCCAACAAGAAGAAAGAGUCCAUUUUUGAGGCAAUCUGCCAACUUGGGAAUCUCAGUAUCUCCCAGAAGAGUACUUCGAAGCAAGCUGCCAAGCAUGCAGCUGCCAAGGCAAUGAUUGAGCACCUCAGUGAGGUUCAGGUGGCUGAAAUGUUUCCCGUGAAGAAUGAGACACACAAAUUCGUGGCAUGCUUCAAUCCGGAUCAUCUGGAAUCAGCGAAGAAGCUCCUAGAGAAUUCCACAAUGUGCGCCGAUAAGAAAGCCCUCGUGGAGGACGUGUGCAGGACACUCGGUAUCCCAUCGCAGUCCUUGCUAUUUGCUGACAAUGGCGAAGAUUUGGAGCUCUUCUGCAUGAACAUUACCUUCGCCUCGAGCUUCUGCGGGAAGCGUCAGAAGGUCUACACGGAUGUUGUGAAGCAUCUCCGGGAGAUUAUUAAUGCAGACGUGGAGGAGGAGGCUGCUUCGUAAGCUCUCAAUCUCAACUGAAUUCUUGUUUUGAGCUUUUUUUUUAUUCUUAUUAACACGAAAACUCUGAAUUUCUCGAAUUUAUUCGUUUCUUUUCAUUUAAAAAUCUCAAAAAUGUGAAAUUCAAAUUACCUGAAGUAUUUUUUUUUAAAUUAACUUUAAAUAAUAAAGUUAUGUGAAGUAUCUAAGGAAAAUUCUUAAUGCCAAAAUAAAUGCUGUUUUAGCAAAGAA